CUCGCUGUGGUCGUGUCGGCGACGAUGUACCAUCUCAUCACGGGCCUGUACUCCGAAUGGAGUCGGAGGCCAAAAUUUAACGUCUUGGUCCUCGGCACGAGCGGGGCAGGCAAGACGGCGCUGCUUGACAAGGUCCGAGCCUGGCAUACACGGACAUCGUCGAGGGCCCUCGCUCGCAUCGCGCCAACCGUUGGUCAGAAUGUCCUCGACCUGACGUUCAAGCAUGCCAUUCUCCACUUCUGGGACCUCGGAGGCGAAGCGAGCCUGCGCAAGAUCUGGCCUCAGUACUUUGAAGAAGCAGAGGUGCUCGUCUGGGUCAUGGACAUCAGCGACUGGCUCGAUGAGGACGAAAUCGAGCGUUCGUAUUCCAAAGAGCAGGAUGAUGACGACGACCACGAGCGAGGCACCGCGAGCGAGCAGGAGGCCAGGGCCGCACGGCAGGAGGACAGCUGGAGUGCCUUGGCUUCGCUACGAUCGCACUCGCGGAUCCGGGCGCUUCCCCUCCUCAUCGUCCUCACAAAGAUGGACCACGUCUCAUCAGCAGCCGCCUCAUCGGCUCGAACCCGGAUAAAGGGUCUUCUUGCUGACCGGCUUGCAGGGUUGGAGGAGGCCGAGGAGUCGGACCUGCGCGAUGAGAUGGAGAACAUAGAGGGACUCGCCAGACCAAAGGCUGGAAGCGGCACGUGGGAGGACUGGGACGUGGUUGGGUGCAGCGCCAAGGACGGGACAGGCCUUGCGACGCUAGUAGACUGGCUCAAUGCGAGAGCGCAGCAGAGACCGAGACGGUCGAAUAGGUGAUACCAUUAGCAAUGACACAUAAUCAUAUUAAUAUCUG